AUGAACAAGAAGGAACGCAAUAACACACGUCUUUAUCGGCUCUACAUUGGAAAUAGCAAUUGGGUCACGUUGCCCCAAAAGACGACUGAUGAUUUAAAUGCCAUCUUCCAAAAAGGCGAGGCCACACGAUAUGAGAUUUCACCUGGACUUUAUUUUGAUAUCCUGCCAAAUGACGUGGAUUGUAAUAGCAAGAACACGGAUCUUUGUCGGUUGAUGCGUGCGGAUCUAAGUUAUGAACAGCAGCAACAAAAGGAUGAUGAUGAUGAAGAAGAAGACCAAGAAUGUGUACAGCAACAAUUACUUUCAAGCUUUGUUAAAAAGCUACUUGAAUCGCAAGGUACCAUGGAUGCUUUUCCACCCACCAAGAAAACGGAUGAGCCAUUACCACGUGUGCUUGAUUUAUCUACCCAUCGUCAUCUUAGUUUGGUGCCCACGCCACCCUUGGGUACAUAUGGUCGUCGUCCAUCAUCAUCGACAGGGAAUGCUACUGGUACAAAAACCUCAUCCCUUGGAUUAUCCUCUGGAAUGCAUCAUCAAGGAUCUGGCAACAGCAACAGAAAGCGUAAAGGUGGAGGUGGAGUAUCAUCAUCACCUGGUCGACGACAACAGGGAUUGAACAACCAAAGAAAAGCAGCCGCAGCAGCAGCAGCAAAGCAAGCGGAACGAGCAAUGAUGGAAGAAGAGAAUAACAAGGCCAUGCUUACCACGAUGAUGAAAGAACAUGAAUUGACACAUGGAACUGCUGGUGCUGCUGCAACCACAAGCCUUUCUCCUAUGACUGCCCAUGAUGAUGCCUAUCCUUUCUAUGGCAUGGGGAUGCAGCAGCAUACGCAUGAACAACAUCAUCCAUCGCCUUUUUCUUCAGUGAUGCUGUCACGUUAUGAGAGAGAUCUUUUGCCACCUUUACCUUCACUUCAUUCAAGAGAAAACCAGUAUUCUCAUUGGUCACCUUCAGCCCAUCAUUACUACCAAAGACAGCAACAACAAGCCCAUUCACCUAUCAUGUUCCAUGGUGGUGGUGGUGGUGGCGGCAAUGGUGACGACCAUUAUCAUGGUAUCCUGGACGCCCAUAACCCAUGGAUGUCCCCUCAGCAAGAAGCAACAACAACCGGUGCUGAUAACACAGAUGAUUCUUAUUUCAACAAACCAAAUUAUAUGGUGGCAGCAGCAGCUGCAGCAGCAGCUAAUUUUUCACCCUUUCCCAAUGAUGCUGCUACUGAAGCUCCAACAUCUUCACAACAGCAACAACACUAUCAUCCCGAUCCUCCUCCUCCUCCACAACAAUCCCCUACCGCUUCACAUGAGACCCUUCUUUCCCAGGAUGGUACCACCACUGCCACUACCACUACUUCAUUUCCAUUCCUGCAACCUGGUAUCCAUGUUGUGCAACAACAACAAACAUUGUCUGAGGAUGGACCUCGUUCCAUUUAA